AUGUCCACUCGCCAGCGUCGCCCCACUCAAGCCCAUGAGAAGGAUCUGGGUACCAGCCAGCCUGCUGUGGUGGCAGCUGCGGUGUUAGAACAGCCUUCCCAAGUCAUCAGAAAGCUUCUUCACUGGGAUGAUCUGCCCCAUUGGCAGCGCGACAACCAGCACAUCCACACGGGCUAUCGGCCGGCUUCAUUCUCUCUUCUGGUCUCCCUGCAGUCCUUGACCUACCUUCACAAUGAAACGGUCAACAUCUACACGCAUCUGCUGCCGUCCCUACUGGCCGUUCCAGCGGCUGGGCUUCUCUAUCGGGCACUAGCUCCGCGAUAUGAGAAUGCCACCCAGGCGGAUCUGAUUGCUUUUGGAUGCUUCUUCGCAGGAGCAGCCUUCUGUUUGGGCAUGUCUGCAACAUAUCAUACCAUUUCGAACCAUUCCCCCCUCGUGGCCCGCAUCGGAAACACGUUUGACUAUGUUGGUAUCGUAGGGCUUAUCGUGGGCAGCUUCGUGCCUAGCGUGUACUUUGGAUUCUACUGUAUGCCUGAUCUGCAACGGUUGUAUUGGACGAUGAUCUGCGCCCUCGGUCUUGGCUGCAUCCUUGUUUCGAUCUUCCCUCAUUUCCGGACGCCUCGGUGGCGGCCAUUCCGUGCGGCCAUGUUUGUCGGCAUGGGUCUGUCAGCGGUGUUCCCCGUGAUCCACGGCUUACGCUUGUACGGUCUGGAGCAGAUGACACGCCAAAUCGGGCUCGGUUGGCUACUUCUCCAAGGUUUUCUGUACAUUUUGGGAGCAACCAUCUAUGCGGCCCGGGUGCCGGAGCGCUUGCGACCAGGCCACUUCGAUCUCUGGGGCAGCUCCCACCAGAUCUUUCAUGUGCUGGUGGUCUGCGCCGCCAUUGCUCAUCUGACCGGGUUGCUAAAGGCAUUUGAUUACAGACACAGCGGCAUUGCAGACAGUUGUCUUGGGGCCGCGCAGUGA